GUCUAAACUGUUUUUAUGGUUGUAUUUUAGGUUAUCUAAACUGUAAUAUAUUUGACAAACAAGGAAAAAUUAUAAGAUAACCUAUUUGUUUAUAAGAAACUGAAUGAAAGUGUGCAACUUAUGUUUAAUAAAGAAUAUAAACAUUUUAAAUAAUUUUUAUUGUUCAAUAUGCCUCUUAUUAUGGAAAUUUUAUCACAUAAAACUAGACUAGGGUUAUAUAUAACGAGAACAUUGACAAAGGAAAUACAACGAUGUUUUUCAUCAGUAUCAACGCAAAAUUUGGAAAAGGAUAACCAGAACACAACAAGUGUAAAUCCAGAUUUAAAAGAUGAUAGGACAAUUCCAUUAAACUAUAGAUUCAUUUAUCCAGAAUUUCUGCCUGAUCCAAAUCCACGAUAUCGUAACCAUCUCAGAGAAAAAUUAGAACGUAUGGAUAUGAUUGCAAGAAGAACUCAGAUAGAUGUACCUGAAUUCUACGUUGGGUCAAUAUUAGCUGUAACAUAUACCGAACCACAUGCGCCUGGAAAAGUAAAUAAAUUUGUUGGAAUAUGUAUAAGUAGAAAAGGUUGCGGAUUAAGAGCGUCAUUUCUUCUAAGGAAUGUAAUAGAUAAUCAAGGCAUUGAAGUUUCUUUUGAUAUAUAUGAUCCAUCUCUUCAAAAAAUCGACUGUUUAAGACUCGAAAAAAGAUUAGAUAAUGAAUUAUUUUAUUUACGAGACGCUCCAUUAGAAUAUAGUACUUUUCCAUUUGAUAUGGAAACCGAAUUAUUACCAGAAGGUUCUUCUGUUCCUGUUAAUGAUAUUAUAGUACCGCUUAAUCCACAACCAUGGCUAGAAAGAUGGGAACAAAAAGAGUUAAAAGGUAUUAAAAAUAUAAAGAUUAGUCAAAAUAGACGGAAGAAAGCUAAAGCAAAUGCUAAGCCUUGGGAAAAAUAUGAUCUUAUGAAAGCUUAUAGAGAAACAAUUCCUGAAGAAGAACAAAAUGAUAUAUUUGCAGAAGUGCAAUCAAAUCUUCGCGAUUUAGAAAUAGUUCGAUAUAAACAAAAAUAUACACGUACUUUUGUACGUCCUAAAAAAAGUGGAUAAAUUUUGUUAUUAAACAUAUGUUUAAUUAGGAAAUAAAACUAUGAUAUUUUGUCAGUA